AUGACCAACAAAAGAUUUAUCAAGAAAAACGAUUCUGAAUUAUUUAAAUAAUUCUGCUUUGAAUUUAAUUAACAACUUGAUAUUUAAAUUCAAAAACUCGAAUAAAUAAGAAGCGUUGUUUACUAAUGUGUACAUAGACAAGCUAAGCCUCUGAUUGAUAGUUAACUCAAUAAAGAUCUAAAAAUGAUAAACAAAUACAUCGAAAUAAUGACAGAAGAUGACUAAAAAACUAUAUUUUAAAAAACUCUAAUCACAUUCUAUGCAUACAAAAAUUAAUUUGAUAGCUUAAACUACUUAAUAAACACUAAAUUGAAAGAAUAUAGCUACUAUUAAACAAAACCAUUCUCAACAAACAGAAAAUUAUAUGAUAAUAUUGUACAUAAGAGAGAAAUAUUAUAUAAUUUUUAUAACUCAUUAUCCGACUGUGACUCUCCCUGUAAAAUUAGAGAUGAUGUAUUUAAAUUCUGA